UGCGGCGUAGUCCUUUCUGUGCCGCUCUCCUGCGCUACAUCGCUUCACGCGCGCCAAAUUCGAUCAUACCAUUGGCGAUAUCCUGGUGUGGACAGCUCAUCUCGUCCUGGGCAAGAUGGCACGCAUGGCAGGCGCCGCGCUUGAGGGAUCCGGAGAGGGCACAAGAGCAGGACAGACUGUCGAGCCACGGGCGAGCUUCUUGGUUUGCAAUCCAUCUUCAAUGCACGGUGUGCCGUUACAUUCAUUUCCAUGGGCGGCACAAUGCUCUUCAUAUUAUCACUCGGCUUCUAUUCUUUCGCAAUCUCUCCAAGCGUCACGUCUGCGUCCCCGUGUUCAGAUCCGACACCCAUAGCACUGCCAACUACUAAUGUACAUUUAUCUAAUGGCAAGUCAAUGCGAGGCAUCCCAGCUUCCAUCGGAACACCCGAGCAGCACUUCUCCUUCAUGAUCCAUGCAUAUCUCAACGACACCUGGGCCUACAACUCUAGCUCACCAUUCUGUUUCGACAAUUCGACGGAGGCACAAUGUCUGAUUCAGCGAGGAGGCUUCUAUGAUCCGAAAUCCUCAUCAACAUUCGAAGCCAAACUUGGCGUGCACGAGGCUGGAGGAGAUCCAAGCGAUGUCGCACGAGCUAUAGGCACUCACAUCUGGUUUAGCGACUGGUUCACAGAUCGUUUUGCUCUGGCAAAUACCUCGCUCGAGCAUUUCCCGAUUGGAAUGCCAGGCUUCGACUUUGGAGGACGUUUCGACACACAGAACAAUAUAGGCUUAGGACAGAAUUCCACGAUACUCAAGGCACUCAAGAAUUCGGGACGCAUCUCUUCCCGAUCCUGGUCGUACUGGUAUGGUAUAGAAAGCGCAACGAGUUCAGCAGCAAAGGAUGGCCAGAUUGUGUUCGGAGGUUACGACGCAGCGAAAGUCACAGGCCAGAACUUCACACAGCCACUCGGCAAGCCAUCUCCUGCCUGUCUGUCAGGCAUGUCUGUGAUUGUGACUGGCCUGGGCCUCGACUUUCCCAAUGGCACCAAAGCUGACCUGCUGGCUGGUUCCUCGUUCUCAGCUUGCUUCCAACCAGACUUCCCAGAAGUUAUGAACAUACCGAGCGUAUACUGGGACCGCUUGAUUGAGUCCACCAACACAGUCCCGUACGACAAUAGCUCGCUUGGUGUACAUUGGUUUGCGCCGACUUGGAACCCGCAGGCUGUCUACGCAGGCGACCUCACAAUCAGUCUUAGCAAUGGAUUCAGCACCACCAUACGCAAUGAUGCACUGGUUCUACCGGAUCAAUACGUUGAUCCUUCGGGUGCUCUCGUGUCAAAUUCUUCGGCAUCCACAAUUCUUAUGGCCCCACUAGAGAACGUCAAUUCCAACGACGUUCCCAUUAUCGGAAAAGAAUUCUUCUCGUCUGCGUAUAUGAUGGUAGACCUUGACGCCAGUACUUACACACUGUGGCAAGUCAACGAUACCACCGAAACGCGACUCAUAUCCGUGGGUGGCAGUUGCUCAGAGCAUAUCGAAAUUAACAGCAAUGAUACUGCGCCCCCCACAGCCACCGCCACUGGUGCAGCUUCCACUGGUACAAAGGUUGCAAAGUCUGGGAAUGCAUUCUCCGCCGGGGCACUAGUCGGCAUUGUCGUGGGCAGUGCCGUUGGUGCCAGUGUCAUCGCUGCCGUUGCUGUGCUCGUGGUCAUGAGACGAAGGCGAAAUAAGAUAACAAGUGCUACUGAACUGACACCUGCGAGUGGACAAGUGUUCGAUCAAAGUCGCUCUGGACCUCCAUCAUACCAGGAUCAUCGAGGACACGGUUAUGGGCUAGCAGAAGUCCCUGCAGUAGAUGCAGUUCCUUACGAGUUGACUGGCUUUCACAAACCGCAAGAACUGUCAAAUAGGCGCACGAUGAGAUACGAGCUUGGUUCAUAGACAUUUGGUCAGGCAGACACUGAUACAUUUUCCGCCAGCAUAGUCCCGCUUUUAUAUUCUUGCGUUCGAGGAUGUCUUUAUGAGCUUCAACCUUUCCAUAUGCCGACUACUCAGACAGUGCGAAGAUAUGGGUACACUUUUCAAGAAACAUCAAAGAGGACGGCCUCCAUAUUUCAACACUCCACGACAUUCUUCCUUCCCUAGACAGGCGUACCAACUACCCUAAAAGGAUGCGCCUCAGUAUUAUACACCCAAGUAUUCUUCAACCCCGUCCUACUAUCCUGCACAUGCAUCUCACUCCUAUCAUCUUCCAGAUGUGCCAGCCAGGUAUACUCAAAAACUUCCGCGAAAAGGAAACUCUCCUGCUGGUCCAAUUUCUUUCCCCCUCCAGGUAAAUUCACGUCUUGGAUAGCACUGAAUCCCGUCUCGGUCUUGCAAUGCGUCGUAAUCGCUUCGAAGGCUUCCCAGAUCCAUUCCCUAUAUUUCGG